UAUACUUUGUUCUACAGCUGAUUAAUUUUUCCAAUUCAGCGCUACAAAUGCUUGAGGAUAAUGUUGAUGCCCGAUUAACUCUCGCUUUCCUUCUUCUAGAAGAAGCUAAGGAAGAUGAAGCAAUUUCAUUGCUAACUCCUCCAAAAGAUUUAGACUCUAUUGAUCGACUACUGCCUGAAAAAUCUAAACCAUGGUGGCUAAAUGAAAAGGUGAAAUUGAAGCUUGCUCUCAUAUAUAGAGCUAAAGGGAUGCUUCAGGACUUUGUGGAUGCAAUCUUCCCUUUGGUUCGUGAGUCAUUAUAUGUUGAAACUCUUCAUCCUAAGGUUAAAGUGAAAAAGAGGCUCUCGAGAAGAGUUCUGUUUGAAAGAGUUAAAGUACUGGAAGAUCAUGGAACUGAGAACUUAUUUUCUAGAUUUAGACCAGUAGCUCCUUCAUCGGACCUGUCAAAAGCUGCUAGAGCAAAGCGGUUACUUCAGAAGAAGGAAACAUUAAGGGAGAAAAAGAAAGCCGAGGCACUGGCUUCAGGGGCUGAUUGGCAAAGUGAUUAUUCAGAUGAUGAGCAACCGCAAGAAGUGCUCCGAGAACCUCCCCUGCCUAAUCUUCUAAAAGAUGAAGAGCAUCAUAGCCUUAUAAUAGAUUUGUGUAAAUCACUGGCUUCCUUGAGAAGGUAUUGGGAAGCAUUGGAGAUUAUUAAUCUCACUCUAAGAUUAGCUCAUAACAUGCUGUCUGCAGAGAAGAAGGAGGAGCUUCGAUCUCUUGGAGCUCAGAUAGCAUACAAUACAACGGAUCCUAAGCAUGGAUUUGACUGUGUAAAAUACAUUGUUCAGCAGCAUUCAUACAGCCUCUCGGCCUGGAAUUGCUAUUACAAAGUAGUUUCAAGACUGGAGAAUCGUGAUUCAAGGCAUUGCAAGUUUCUCCGUGCUAUGUUAGGCAAACUUCUAGAUUGUGUACCUCCCAUUAUCAUAUAUGGGCAUCAGUUUACCAUGGCCAGCAACCAUCAACAUGCUGCGAGUAAAUACCUUGAAGCUUAUAAACUGCUGCCAGAGAAUCCCUUAAUUAAUCUGUGUGUCGGAACUUCCUUGAUUAAUUUAGCCCUAGGAUUCAGACUUCAAAACAAGCAUCAAUGUCUUGCCCAAGGCUUGGCUUUCCUCUACAACAAUUCACGUCUUUGUGAGAACAGCCAGGAAGCGUUAUAUAACAUAGCCCGGGCAUAUCAUCAUGUUGGCCUUGUAACUCUUGCAGCUUCAUAUUAUGAGAAAGUGCUUGCAGUUCGUGAGAAAGAUUACCCCAUCCCAAAGCUUCCUUGCGAGAAUCCAGACAUGGUCGAAAAUCAGAAACCAGGCUAUUGUGACCUCCGCAGAGAAGCAGCUUACAAUCUGCAUCUUAUCUACAAAAAAAGUGGAGCAUUUGAUCUUGCUAGGCAAGUCUUGAAAGAUCAUUGUACCAUUUAAGCAUACAUAUCCUAUAUAAUAAUUACUAUUUUCAUUUGUAGAUUUACAUGUAUAGUAAAUUAGCUUAUCAAAGCAUUUUGUUGGGAAUUAAAAGGAUACUGAUAUAGGUUUUCUAAAUUAUUUACUUUUCAUUUAUUUUUA